AUGGUUCUCCUCAAGGAGCGGAACUCAACGCAGGCUACAGCGGUGUCGGACGCGACGUUCGCCUAUGCGUUUACCAACGUCGUGCCGUUGUUUGGUGCUCGAGACGUUUGGUCUUCGGCGCGACCACGGCAAUCCGCACUUCUAUGGGGUUGCUGGGACGUUAUUUCUGAGUCCCACACGGACUUCAACCAAGCAGGUGGCAGUUUUGCGCAGGACCCUUACGGCGCUCUCGAGAUUCUUCACUGGACGCUGUCCCUGCGACAUACCUUCGACCUCAUCUCAGGCAAGGCCACCGGACUACACAUGUUAUCUCUGCGAAGUACGAACGCCACGGGUCAGAUCAAACAGGACGAUUCGUUCGUGGACGUCACCGUGCAAUCGAUGACCGUGACUGGCUUGCAGGCGUUCGUGCCGGAGACAGUUUUCUUCGGUGAACACAUAUCCAUCCAGACGCUGAGUAUCAUUGACCGAACUCAAGGACAUAUCAGAUCACUCACUGCCACAUUGUGA